CUACGCAUCGUCAGCACGACAAAAUACCUCGCAACAGCCCUCGUAAUGGACCUCGCAGGAUGGGAGGACCGCGGAUGGAUCGACGUCCCUGACGCUACACUGCUACGCGUCAUUGUCAGCCACCUCAGACAACGAUGUGCAGUGACCACACUGGCGGUUGCAUCCCAGAAAACGGACUGGGAGAGAAUGAACAUCGCCUGGGACGCCCAACUGGAGCGACCGCGACCCCAGAACAUAACCCAUGAAAUCAGUCUCGAGCAAAACCACCCGUUCUCCCUCACGGGAGCACGACUUGCAUGUCUAACACAACGCCUAGCGUACCGAGGAAUACGAGCGACCCGCGAACACCCGGUACGCAAGACGUCCCAAGCAAUAGUUUCCGAAGCUCUUGCACACAUCGGAGCAAACUCACCGGACACUCCCUCCAGCCAACAGCUCUGGCUGGCCAUCCGUAGCACAGACAUACGCAAGCCGGCGUCCGACUUCCUAUGGAAAGUCCUGCAAGGGGCCCUGAGAUGCGGACGCUUCUGGGCCAAGAUCCCAGGAUACGAGGAUCGAGCAACAUGCCACCAAUGCGGCUCCCUAGAUUCCAUUGAGCAUAUCCUAUUCCAUUGUAAAGCAACCGGUCAGACAGCCAUAUGGGAAACGACCAAAGCCCUCUGGGCACAGAAAGACUUACCCUGGCCAUCCCCUCUAACACUGCCGGACGUCCUGGGAGUUGGCCUGAAGACAUGGACCAACCCAGGAUCUAAGACGGUCCGGCAUGGCGCCUCGCGCCUGUGGCGAAUACUGAUCCCGGAGGCGGCAUUCCUAAUCUGGAAGUUACGCUGUGAACGGGUAGUGGGACAUGCGGAACAGCCGAACUGGAUGCACUCAGAGGCAGAAAUAAUAAACCGAUGGUCCUUCGCCCUCAAUGAGAGACUACAUAAGGAGAUUACAAUGACACAUCGCCGUUUUGGAAGGUCAGCCCUACCACGCAGUAAAGUACUAGACACAUGGGGCGGUACGCUGCAUAACGAGAUAAGCCUUCCACAAGACUGGACCCAAUGGCCCCGGGUUUUAGUGGGU